CCUGCAGGAGCGCGCGGCUCGCUGCCUCCGCUGCCUCCACGCCGCCAAAGCGUCGCUCUCCAACCCCGACGAUCUCAUCUACACGUUCCUCAUCGCCUGCGCGCAGACCGACGAAACCACCGGCACCGGAAACGCCUUCAUGCCCGCCUUCGACUACCGCGGCAUUCUCGAGAACACCGCGGUUCUUUUGCCCAUGGAAACCAUCACCAACACCACCUCCGCCUCCGUUCCCUUCCUCUACCGCUACGAAGAACCGCGGGAAGGCGGCAGCGCGCAGUCUCUCGCGGCGUUUUCGCUGCAGCUGCGCAUCUACCUGCUUCUCCGCGCGUUUUUCUUCUUCGUGGUCCGGAAACAACUCGCGGUUUUCCCGCCCGCCGCGCGGCACCCGGUCGCGAUCUCCCCCGCCGACGACAACCCGCUUUCCCCCGUUCCUCUCGUCGAGCCGGCCGCCUCCCCCGCGGUAAUCCCCGCGAAAUACGCGGAGGCGGCGUCGAGCGUGGCGGGGAUCGCGGUGGACGAGUCGGGAAUCGAUUUAGAACUGCAGAAAGCAGUGAACGCGCCGUCGAUCCGCGUCUCCCAGCAGGUCGAAAUCACGCGCGUUAACCGGUAA